UACAUCUGUGGCUUGGCUGGUCUGCAGGAAAAAUGUAAGGUUGAUGAUUCAAUGCAUAUUGUAGAAGAUGAUGUGAGAUGGUCGUGUUGUUAUCCAGCCUGCUGUUUGGCAUUAUGUGGAUAAAACAAGGACUUGUUGACUCAGUGUCAGUAUUACUAUGUACUGUUUGAGUGUCAUCUCACUACAAUAUUCUCACCUCAGGAUGUUUUAUGGUUGCAUUGCAGAUUUUAUCACUACUGUGGAGUUUUCAGUGUUGAAUAAUCCAGACCAAGUUCAGCUACUGGAUAAAGACACUCAGGAACAACUUCUGGCAAUAACCAAGUUAAAAACUCCAUCCUCUCAGAAAAGCUUCUUGACUUUAAGUCAGUCACCUCACUCCCAAAAUCUCACGGAAAUCUGGGAGCACAGCUGAGCUCAAACAGGAGGUUAUAAUGAAUGUUUGGAAGCAUAUUUGGUUUGGUGUUUUUGCUUUAUGUUAACUUGCUUCAAAUGCUGCUUUAAUAUCGUUAUUUGAAAACCAUGUGAUUUGAGUAAACAUUGAGUCCUGAAAUCAUCUCUUUCCCUGUCAGCACAGAAAAUUGAUUUGAAAUUAUAACCUGUGAAGUGCAGGCCGGUUGAUGAAAAUAAUGUAAUUUGCACAAGUAUAAAACUGCAAAUGACUCAGCUUUCUUUGAUAAAGGACCAGUAAUACAAUUUAUUCUCACUGGGCAUAUUAGGCAUAUUUUAGCAUACUAAACAUUUAUUCAUGUUGAAUACAUGUUAUCUGAUAUUUACUGAAUCAUACAGAUGUCAACAGUAAAGGAAAGAAAAACUGAAUUCUAUGUUGAUGGGACUAAGCAUCCAUAUUUUCUGUGAACCUACAUAGCUUGAGUCAACACUAUGGGUCCAGUGUGAGAAUCCUGGAUGCUACAAAUGGAGAAGAGUGUCAGUGUCAGAGCUGGAAGGCGUCACGGAGGACACACCCUGGUUCUGCUACAUGAAUUACAACAGGGACUUUGCAGAUUGUCAUGUGCCUGAAGAAAACACUGAAUGGUAUGACAAGGCAGCCAAGAGAGUUGGUCUGUGCUAUGUCAAGUCACCCAUAGCUGAGGGUUCGCUUGUCUGGGCCAAAAUGACUGGCUAUUGCAAAUGGCCUGGAGUUAUCACAAAGGACCCCAGCAACCAGCUUCACUGUCUGUUUGAUGGACAUCACAAGCCAGGGUGGUACCAUGUAGAGUUCCUGGGGAGAUGUCACACUCACAGCUGGGUCAGGGCUCUCAGCGUCAAGCUGUACACCGUCAGGACACCUUCACCAUGCCUUGCAGCCACACUUACUGAGAAACAAGGCAGAAUCUGUAUCAGGGGUCGGAAAGGCAGAAGAAAUGCUCUCACUUCUUCCACGAGCAAACACCCAGAGCGCAAGUGCUACAUGAAAGAUGUGUCUGUGGAACAGGCGUGUAUGGAAGCCAAUAAGCUUCUAGCAGUUAGUAAUGAAGAGAGAAUCGCCAUGUGCACCUUCACCAAUACUGCUAGUGUUGUCACAGAGGCAGCUGGGCAUGCUGACGAAGUGGGUGUGGUGCUCACCCCAGUUUUGAGGGAUGGUAUAACACAAAAGAGCAAGGAGAGCAAGUGCUUGGUGAAGACAAAAAUGAACAGCAAAAAGCAGGGCAAACACAAACAAGCUGACUGUCCUGUUGAAGACAGUUUUGCUUUCCCUGACUCUCCAGCAUCAGUAAAUGCAUGUGGUGGGCCCAGUGUGGCGAACCUAGAUAUGAAGUUUCCAGAUUCUCUAGUGAGCCAUUCCAAAGAGGAAAAGCUGGUUCUUGAUGUACAGAUGUAUCAGAGAAAUGAGCGGGCAUUUGAACAUGAUGUCUUGAGGUUCAUGAAGCGAAACAAGAUGACCUUCCGGGGUUUACCAAGAUGGCAGAAUACGUCCAUCAGUCUCUUCCAGCUGUUCCUAGCUGUUCAUGAGAGAGGUGGCUACGAGCAGGUAUGUUCAACCCGUGGUGGUUGGGUGCAAGUUUACAAGGAGCUCACAGAGUGCACGAACAGUGGAGAAGUUGCCAAGCGAUACUAUCGGAGAAAUCUAUAUCCUUAUGAGUUGUUCAUCAAAGGAAAGGACUUUCAGAAAAUACUUCCAUCUAAACACAGUGGUAAGAAGAGAAAAGAUGUAACCAAAGAAACAAGUUUUGCUGAGUGUGUGCCGUACAUGGACUCCAGCCAGAGACUGGAUGACAGUAGUGUUGGUGUGGACCGAGGCAGCAGCCCUUUUGAGUCCAUUGUGUCGGAGAAAUCUGUGAAUCUGAUGGAGAUGCUUGGAGACUUGGAGACCAGUGCCAACCUGUGCUGUUUGGAGGAAGAUGUGCUGAUGGGUAAGGCCAAACUUGGCAUUGAGAUCACAUUCUUUGAUGAAUCCCCACAACGGCCUGGAAGAUCCUCUCAGUACCUCAAAGUGGCAGACACUGCAUCAGAAUUCGGAUAUGCAGCCAUUCCUAACUCCAGUGACGGAGCUCAAGAAGUGCCUGAUGUAUCCCUUGUAAGCUCAGGGAGCAGCAGUGACGAUGGAGACCAGCUGAUACAUGAGAUGCAGGCCCUGCAGGAGGGCAUCGACCUUGUUGAUGGGGAGAUGCACUUCCUAUAGCUGCCAUGAAAGAUAACCUUUGUAAACGUCUUAAUCUUAAUAUUCAUCACACAAUAAUGGCCUGUGUUCAGCUCAGGGAAUAAAGUGUGAAGGUUCAUUAAUGUUUCCAUUCCGGAAAUGAUGGUUUUCAAGAGAAGAGAUGUUUUCAGUGUUGUUUUGAAUUAUAAGCGAAAAUGUUUAUGUUAUUAUUAAGAUUUAUGUCCCAAUUUUUGUGUCUUGUAUAUUUCAACCAAACUGUCCGUUUGUGGAUAAGAUGUUAAGGGUUGCUAAUAUACUGAAGCAUGAAUGUUCAGUGUGACUAUGGAUACCUGAUGUCAUUCAAGAUACUUGACAAGUACAAUGCAGUGUCGAUGUGAGAUGGUUCAUUAAAGACGGAACUCAGCUGCUCUCUUACAAGUUGAAAAUACAAUGUUUUUAAAUACUUUUAUCAUAUAUUAUCUGCUACCCUUCAAUAAGACGCUGAGUAUAUAGCAUCAAGAACGCAAAACAAAACAUGUAGUAAUUGUUUAUGGUAUUGAUUGACAAUAAACUGAUGUGAGAUGAAGUUUGGAAGUGAGGUGGGCAGGGGGGGGAAUAUCAGAUAAUUAAGGCAAUGUGGAAUUUCAUGAUAGGAUGAACUCCACGGCCUAUGAUUAUAUUUAAUUGCUGGUGGAUAACAGCUGACUUCGGUCCAAUCGGUUGUAUCCCAUUUCAGAACCAGGGUAUGGUAUCGUAACUGCUAUAGAAAACAGGCUUAAUUUGUUGAACAAUAACUAGUUUUCUUUGUGAUUCUUACUGGUCUGUCUUAAUUGAAUAAACACCUUGAAUGUAGCUUAUGGUAAGCUAGGCUUAGUACUUUCAGGUAUUUCACAGUUUUUGAAAUUAAUUCAGGUAUCUAUUCAGUACAUAAUAACUUAACACUUUACUGUGAAUGAUAAGGCUUGACAUGGAAGUGGCCUCUUCUAAGCCAUUGAUUUUGGUGGACAAGUUUGAAUUGUACCAUAGUGACUGUUUUACAGAAAGGGCUUGUGUUGCCCCAGGCAAAAGGCUUAGAAUUCUCUGUAAAAUCAGAUGGAUGAGGGAUGAAGAUUAAAUCAUGGUGUACAAAUUAUUGGUAUCAUACACAGGUAGCAAGAUUGUAAGUCUUGCGGUGUUUGACUCAAGCCUGACAUGUAAUAGAGUUGAGAUAAAAGUGCACAAAAUUUGAAACUGUUUAUGGAACUUUAAGCCCAUGAUAUUAAAGAAUGGUUUUUGUUUUCAUUUAUUGCAUGUUCAUCGUCCCUGAGUAAUGGAGAAUCACAGAUUUGAUGCCAUUCCAACACUUUGACCAAAAAGAACAUCUUUUGAACAACAGCUCACAUAUUCGUAAGGGUGCGAUAGUCACACCAAAUCCCUUGAUAUUGUGAAUGAAUUUGUUGAUGUUAUUAGGUUAAAAUUACUUCUUUUAUGAUACAUAUUAAUUUAACUAUUUCCACUUUGGUGUUUGUUCCUCUUGUUUAUUUAUCAAUUUCUUAUUUAUUGCUUGAUAUUUACGAAACACUUGCCAAACAAAAUAAAUUUUUUCUAGAAUAUAUAUAUAUAUUACUUAUGUACACUGAAAUGUCGGGCAUGUGUGUGAUAUCAUUCGUUUGUUUUGUUACACAAAUUCAGAAUUUGUUGAUUAUGUCAUUCCUCCAUUUAAAUAUUGAAUAAUAUCAUGCAUUUGUGAUACUCAUUUAAGAAAUAAACCUUUAUUGCC